AUGGCCGACAACUGGAAGUGCUGUAUUCCUGCUGCUAUAGCUGGUGGAGCUGGUCUGGCAGCUCUGGGAUUCAUGUACAUGAGGUACAGAAGGAACAAGGCUGCCUCUUAUGUUGGUAAGAGCUGGUGGCUGUCUGACCCUCUCAAUGUGUAUGUCAGAAACCACAAUGUCGAUGAUCAAGUUCUUGGAGAGCUCCGUGUUAUGUCUACCAAGCUCGAGCAGGGAAUAAUGACUACGUCAGUUGAAAGCUGCAAAUUGUUAACCUUUUACGUCCGAGCGCUAAAUGCCAAGAAGUGUUUGGAUGUUGGUGUGUUCACUGGUUGCAGUGCGUUUGCAAUGGCUCUUGGUUUGCCCGAUGAGGGGAAAGUGAUCGCCUGUGAUAUCAGUGAAGAAUUCACGAGUCUUGGCAAACCAUUCUGGGAGAGAGGUGGAGUGAGUGGGAAGAUCGACUUACGAUUGCAACCUGCUACACAAACUCUUCAGGAAUUGAUUGACAACGGUGAAACUGGCACUUUUGAUUUGAUGUUUAUCGAUGCAGACAAAGACAAUUACGGUGUGUACUACGAAUUGGGGAUGGAGCUGCUGAGAAAAGGUGGUUUGGUUAUUGUGGACAACGCUCUUUGGAGUGGGCAAGUGGCAGAUCCUGCGAAUACUUCAAAAGCAACAGUGUCUAUUCGAGAGUUGAACAAGAAGAUGAGAGAUGAUCCGCGAGUGGAGUAUCUCCUAUUGAACAUAGCUGAUGGAACGGGAAUCGCUCAAAAACUUUAGGUAUUAUUGACUGAAUGAUUAGAAUCAAAUUUAUAUCAUACUGAGUAGAAUUUCACUUUAUAUUUAUAUUGUGACAAAAUAA